GGCCGCUGCUUCUUUCCCCCCCUCGCCGGAAGUGGCCGACCGGUCUCUUCUGAAAGGGUCGCGGCGGCCAACAUGGCGGCUGUCACCGCCUCUCCUCAGGCGUCUGCUCGGCGCGCCGGCCUGGCUUUGGGGCGUCCCCCGCGCUCGGCUCCUCGCGGCGGCGAACGCCCGGCCAGCCCGUGGGAGCUGGUGAGGCCUUCGGUGACGGAGCUCUCGCAGGCCGUCAGGAGCAACAUCCUGUGCACGGUGCCCGGCUGCGGCAAAGUACUGCCCAACCCGCCGGCGCUGAGCAUGCACCUCAGCAAGGCCCACCGCGUGCAGCAGGAUGGAAAAAUAAAUCCGGCAACAAGGAAAGACCUGAAAGCACGACAGAAAUACUACUGCUGCCCUAUUGAAGGCUGCCCUAGAGGACCAGGAAGGCCUUUUUCACAAUUUUCUCUUGUAAGGCAGCACUUCAUGAAAAUGCAUGCUGAAAAGAAGCAUAAAUGUGAUAAAUGUAGCAAUUCUUAUGGCACCAUAUGGGAUUUGAAGCGACACAUUGAGGACUGUGGCAAGACCUUCCAGUGUACUUGUGGCUGCCCCUAUGCCAGCAGGACAGCACUGUUGUCUCAUAUUUAUAGAACUCAGCAUGAGAUCCCUAUUGAACACAGGGAUCCACCUAGUAAGAAAAGGAAAAUGGAGAUGGCAGCAUCCAAUCAUCACCUGGGAGAGAAAGCAAAAGAAAGCUCUGGCGGUGCUGUCAGCAGAUGUACCAGCACUGAAGACUUGGAGACAUCUGAGUCUAAACUGCAGCCUCUGGAAGAUUCCACCCAUUCCUGCACCACUAAGCAAACACAGUCACAGCCAAAAAAUGCACCAAAGUUGCUUCUGCCAAAGCCCAAAGUAGCUUUGGUUAAACUUCCUGUAAUGCAGCUUACUCACCUGCCAGUCUUCAUAUCGGCACCAGACUCUUCCGUGAAACCUGUUGUAGUUGCUGUUGAUGACAAAGGCUCUGUUAUGAGCACUGUUCACUUAAUGCCUCUGCCUGUAGGGAUUGUGCUGCCGGCAAUGGAGGCUGAAGCGCUUACAUUUAAAGACCCAUCAUCCCUUUCAAAAACCAAAAGCUCCGGCAACUUUGAGCUGGUCAGCACAGGUAUCCAGGUCAAUUUGGGGAAAGUGAUGUCAAGUAAUACAGUGCAGGGUCUGGAGGCCGUAUGUUACAAGAACGGAAUCUGUUCCACAAAUGUCCAGACUGACCUGUCCUAUAUUUCACAGAACUUUACGCCCUCUGCAUCUUGGGCUCCUGAUUUCGUGUCCUCUUGUUCUCAGACAGAUCUGACGUUCAGUUCACAAGUUCUGCUGCCCAUCAGCGUUCAGACACAGACUCUGUUGCCUUGUUCAAAGCCGACCUCAUCCAUCGCAGCUCAGACAGAUCCUUUUGCUCAGGCUUGCUUUCAGUCAUGCGGUAUUUCUAGAGAGACUCAGACCAACAGGGCACAGAAAGGGAUUGAUGGGAGAGUACAGAUGGAUCAGGCUGUGAUGUGCACUGACAUUUUUGACGAUGUUACUUCAUCGUUUGAUUCGUCCCCAGUGGUCCUUUCAGGCAGCAACUUGAUUGCAAAUAGCCUGGAUCAAAGUCUGCUCCAAAGAGAAAGCUGCAAGUCUUUGAACCGGGACCCAAAAUCCGAGACGAUUAUCAGCUUUGGCACACAGAAUAAUCUGCUCCCUCAGCAGGUUAUGACUGACAACCAGACCCAGACCAUGGAGUUACUGAGUGACCUUGAAACUAUUUUUUCAGGUAACACCACAGACCAGUCAUUGGACAACCAUAGUCUUCUGACAGAUGGUAACCCUCAUGCUGACCCACCUUUGCCCUCUGGCCCUCCCCAGAAUUCAGCAAUAGAUUUUGACAUUGAGGAUUUCUUCACUGCCUCCAAUAUCCAAACCCAGACGGAAGAGGCUGAAUUUGGUAACUUGACCUCUGAGCCAGUCUUGGAAUCACUGGAUAUCGAAACUCAGACAGACUUAUUUUCAGAUAAUACAGUCCAGCCCUACAGCUGCAGAGGUAAUCCUAACUUUUUAGGCUUGGAGAUGUUUGACACGCAAACCCAGACAGACUUAAAUUUCUUCUUAGACAGCCCUCAUCUGCCUUUGGGCAACAUCCUGAAGCAGUCUGCCUUCUCCAUGAGUACAGAUUCAUCUGACACAGAGACACAGACAGAAAUGCAGCUUCCGGAGAGAAAUGCCUUAAGUCAGAUGGCAGAGAGCAAAGUGCAGCUGAACAGUGCCGAGACACAGACAAUGGACAGCUGCUUUGAAACGCUGGGUAGCUUGUUCCUUACCAGCAAUGAGACUCAGACUGCCAUAGAUGACUUCUUGCUGGCUGACUUGGCCUGGAAUACAAUGGAGUCACAGUUCAGCUCAGUAGAAACCCAGACUUGUGCAGAACUGCGCUCUUUGUUUCAGGAUUCUGAUAAGGCCAGCUGCUAGCUGCUGUUUUCAUGAAAACAGCAUUGGUUGAGGAUUUAAGUUGUUUGGAGAGGAGAAACCGACAAUGAAGUCGGCUGCACUGAAUGUAACGGGUGACAUGGGGGUUGGUUUGCAAACCUUUUCCUAGUAUAAUGGACUCUAGAUGUUCUAUGUGUGUCUAACAAAUUUGAUCCUGUUUGCAUAUUUUCACUGUAAUGUAUUGGUUUAUGUUUGAGCACUUCAGAACUUAUGAUUUAUGGGUGCCUGCCUUUGCUAAGCAGAGAGUUUGGGGUGGUACUAACUUCCCAUUUCAUAGCCUUCACUCAUGUCAUUUGAACUGAUACUUGAAGUUAUAGAAUCUUUGACCAGAAUCAGGAUGGGUUUUUUUUUUCCAUGACCUAUAUCCAAAAUCCUGAGCAUGUAAAACUUUUCCCACCUUUAUUCCAGGACUGUUUCAGAGGGUUGCAUCAGGAUUGUACCCUACAGUUUCUAUCAAUUAACUCAAGCUCAUUGCUGUGCCCUUCGGGCAUGUAGCAGCAUGCUGGGUGCAUUCUUAGAGCAUAGCCAACAUUAUUUUCUGACUUGCAAUAAGCUGGCGUAGCUCAAGUCCAGGCUUCCUCCUUCUGACUGUGGGAAGAACAGUGGAAUCCCAAAGUUGCCAUAGUGCAGAGCAUUCUGUCAUGUCAUUGCUUAAGUAAUCUAGACAGAAGAGGGAAGACCCCAUCCGAAGUUUUACCAGAUGUCACAUACUUUUUGGACAAGGAAAUAGGUUUGAGCUCACAAGCUCUAAAAUGAAAAUCUGUACUCUAAAGACUGCUGUCCUGCAGUUACUUUAGAGCCUCAGCCAUAAGGCAAAAUAACUAGAACACAAUAAAGACGCUGUUAGCUCAGAGCAGUUUCAUGAAGUAGUUUUGCUACGGUUUGUUAGAGUACCUGAGGAUUAUGUACAACCUCAGCUCUUAAAAAUGAACCUAGAUGCUGCUUGAUACAGUUAUAGUAAAUAAACUGUCUGAAUUGGCUCCUGUAGCUUCCAGGAUAUAAAAACUGAAGACUUUUGGCUCAGUCCAUUGGUAUGGGGUUGCUAACCCUGCAUUUCCCAAGCAAUUACUUUUGCCUUCAAAUCUUUCUUCCCCUCUCAUAUACUUAACAGUCUCUGCAAAAUCUGUGUUGGCAGCUGCUCAGUGUCUUCUUGGCUUUUUUUAAAUUGAAGAACAAUAAUCUGCAGAAAAUGUUUCAGUUAAUUGUGUUCAGGGCUUCUUCUCCCACAGUUUUCUUCAGCAAGAUUGAAUAUCUGUUCCCCAGACUUCCCUGAAAAUGCUUUUGGAAGAAGACGUCGUAUCUUCGUGACAGAGCAUGUUAGUUAGUUCAGUUUGAGUGGCUUUCUCUGUGUGGCUUUCUCCAAGAUGCCUUGGUUGAUGCAGUUUUUUCAGCUUGUGAAGCUAAAUGGUGAUAAAUAGUGAGGGGGUAUCUGCACACAGACUGUUUAUGACUAAAGGCCAUUUAGCAGUCUGGGGGUGUUCUAGUGUGCAUUCGUGAACAUAGGCAAGGAGGUCCAUUUGGGUCUGAUCUGUAGCAAGAUGUAGCAAUAGAAUUCUGAGACUGCAAACUAAACUGUACCAAUGCAAGCUUUUAAAAACAAUUUUUUGCAUCUCUCUCUCUGACAGCCAGUUUGGUUUAGUGAUUAAAAGCGGCAGACUCUAA